AUGGCUGACGAAAAAUAUACUACUCAACGUGAGGAUACGUUCCGUUGCGCAGCCUUCCUUAGCAUCUCACUGUCAACAUUUGCAACGCUUGUUUGUACAUUGGCAAUUCCAAUUUUUUGCAACUACUUGCAGACAGUAAAUGUUGACAUGCGACAUGAGAUAGAUUUCUGCAAACAACGUACAGAAAAUAUUUGGCAGGAAGUAAUACGUACUCAGGUUAUUUCGUCGAGCGAGGCACAACGUGCAAAACGCCAAGCAGAAGUCUGUUGUGGGUGUGGUGUUUCGCCUCAAGGUCCGCCGGGUCCACCAGGUCCAGAUGGCGCAGACGGACCUGAUGGUAGUCAAGGGCCUCCUGGUAAAGAUGGUCCAGAUGCACCACCACGAGUAGCGAUUGAAAAAACGGAUUGGUGUUUCGACUGUCCG